AUGCCCAGAGGCAAGCCUCAUGAUGUCGAGGCCUCUGCCGGUGUGACCUGCCAAUACCCCGGUCACACCCUCCUCCCCAGUCCGAUAGCUCAUGCUGUCAGCUUGGCUACACGGUCAACCUCGCUGGCUAUCCGCAUUGGAUCUCUCGUCGGCUGCUAUAGUCUCGAUGCCGCCAGAUUCACAACCUUGUCAAGCCUCGGACUGGCACGGAGCUUGGUGGAAACCGUGUUGAGCACGGCUGCCCGCGAUACUGUAUCACUUUCCCAGUCAGAUUUAGGUGCCGCCGAAACAGAAACCAUCUUAGAGCGUAGCCUGGAAAGUCUUCAUUUCGCAGUUACCCAGAUUGUUUUUUGGACGUCGGCCGGCUUUCGAUUAACAGGCACAACGAUAUCGACCGCAUCCGACGCUUCACAGCUUCUGUUGGGAAGUCUCGAUAAGCUCUUCGGUUCUACCGAUUCUUCACGGGCUGUGGCGAGCAUCAUCACCCUUGUUCGAAGAGAAUUCAAUAACCCGGCGACAGGAGUGGGUGGAGAAAAAGUUGGAGUUUCAGACUUGGUGGUUGCCCUCGGAGCAUUGGCAUAUUUACAGCGAACUUCUCGGCGUCAAGCGUCCGAGGAGGCCCGACGACACGCAUACGAAGAGGUGAUUUGGGAUGUUGUGGUCCUCACCGAUGGCGAACGCAUCGAUGUGCGCGGCGAUGAAGAGAAUGAACGUCAGCUUACUCCCAGAAACGACCACGAUCCUAACGACCUAGGCAUUCGGUAUGGGGCAGGGGAGGAUGACGAAGCUGUCAUGCAGAGACUGAAGAGUCAUAUUACAGCUAAUCUUGAGCCCGGAACUACCGCAUCGAUAUCGAAUUCCGUUUCAUCGGUCCAAACCAUCACUGUCGACGUAAAGGGACCCCAGCUGCUGUCCCUUCCCACUCCCCCAGGCGCUGAAAUAGUAGAGACUCGAAGUGCAUCAGCAUCAGCAGGAAACCAUCGGCAAUGGAGUUUCGGCCCGGACAAGGAUACGUCUUACACUGUUGUUUACAGGAUUCAGAGGGACAAGUUUCGAUCUGCGACGUUUCGAGGGGAGGAGGAGGAAUCUGGCCCUGCAGUUGUCGAGGUUACGGACGAUGACCCAGUUCCAACCGCCAAACCUUUAAAGAGACUUGCGCCGGCAUCCAAAUCCCUUUCCGAUAUAACGAGCUUGAACGGGAAGGAGUCUCAACGGUCAAGCUCGACUCCUUCAAGCACGGCGGGCUCUCCAAGUCACGCAAGCAACACCAAUGGUCCAUUCGAAGGCCCCAAACCACUCCGUCCAUCUCAAUCGGGCAGCCCAGAAACAACAGCAAACCAGAAAAAGCAAAGAACGCCACCAAUAGAACCACUCUCUCCUAGCUCUUCAGCCAAGAAGCGAACUGCGGACUCGAGCAGACGAUCUCAGCCAAAAAAGAAGGCCGAAACACUCAGCACUGGAAAACAAAGCGAGAAGCGCCCUGGUCUGAAGCAGGUCUUGAAGGACAGCGGCCAGUCGCUGUCCAAUAUGUGGAAUAAAGAAGGCCCUGAUCAUGAACACAGUCGCUCUGUUGUCAAACAACGACCGCAGUGGAAAGGGACUGGGGGCAGCACCUCAGAGUCAUCAAAUAAACUGAAGCCGCCAGCUGGUCGGACUCAACCACAAAAAGCCCAGCGUAAUGUCCCCGCUCGACGAGUCCAGACACCAGAUCCAUUCCCGCGUCCGUCAUCACGAGCUAGCUACGUCUCAAUCCAUGAAAGGCGACGAGAUUCUGUUGUUUCACUCACAGACGCAUACUCUCGAAACUCGACGACUGGCUUGCGUCCGGCCUCACCAACCAUCUUUCGCACCGACUACUCGACCCAGGAGACAGUUUCGCGAACUCCGGGUGAACCAUAUCCUGUUGGGCCCGUACCUCCAUCCCCCCACGGCAACGGCCAUCAUCAUCGCCGAUCGACGUCUUACGCACCCAGCCUCUACAGCCUAGCCACAAAUGAUUCUCAGACAUCGCUGCUCUUGGCAUCGUAUUACCAGAAGAGCGCGUAUAAUACUUCUAGUGCCUUAAACACGCUGCGUAAUGAAGGAUUCGUGGACGGGACGUUUCCAACUGGCCACUUACUACCGAACAUUGCCAGGUAUAUGAGGUACUCGUCCGCUUGUUAUGGCUCACAUUUCAUGAAACUUCUUGGUAUCUCAAACGAACUUCCCGCUAGCCAAAUGGGCGACAGAACCCACCAAGACGUCCGACACUUUGUACACCACACUGAAUCUGAGGAUAGCAACAUACUCCUUGCUUCGUUUGUAGAUCCACAGGGAGGUUCUGAUGCCACAGGUUCCACGGGUACCGGUGUGCCGUUGGUACAUUACAUCUCACUCGACCAUGAGGCAAAAGCCGUAGUCCUAGCAUGCCGAGGAACGUUGGGGUUCGAGGAUGUCCUUGCCGACUUGACAUGUGACUACGACAACUUGCUAUGGAGAGGACGAGCGUACAGAGUGCACAAGGGCGUGCACGCCUCUGCUAGAAGACUCUUAUUCGGAGAUGAUGGCCGAGUUCUCGUCACACUGAAAGAAGCACUGCUUGAGUUUCCGGAUUACGGUCUCGUGCUGUGUGGUCAUUCUCUAGGGGGAGGUGUCACCUCCCUUCUCGGCGUCAUGCUUUCGGAACCCAACCCCGACGGUCCGGGCUUCGUCAUCUCCGCCGAACCGUACUCAAAACUCCUUACACAGGGGCUUGGAACAGGGCACAAGUUCAGCGACGUUCGCCUCCCGCAGUCUCGGCGGAUCCACGUAUAUGCGUAUGGACCACCAGGCAUACUGUCCCCGUCCCUGCGCAAAAUUACGCGUGGGCUUAUCACAACCGUCGUGCACGGCAACGACAUUGUACCCCAUCUAUCCCUCGGUGUACUUCACGACUUCCAAGGUCUGGCGCUUGCGUUCAAAAGGGAUGAGAAUCAGACUAAAGCCGAGAUCCGACGUAGAAUGUGGCAGGCUUUUCAAGGGCAUCUCUCUGACAAGUGGUACCAGACCACACCAGCGGCGCCCAAAGAGGGCGAUGAAGAAUGGGUGCUGCCCAUGCUUCAGGCACUGCGAGGCACGAUGAAGGGCAAGAAAUUGGUGCCGCCGGGCGAGGUGUUUGCCAUUGAGACGACCAGGGUGCUCCGACGCGAUGCAUUUGUGAAGCAGGAGGAAGGUCCGAUUGGGAGACCGGCGAGGAGAGUGGUGCUCAAGUACAUACGGGAUGUGGAAGGGCGGUUUGACGAAAUUAGGUUCGGAGCGGGAUUGUUGACAGACCACAGCCCGGCCAAGUAUGAGGAUGCGCUGAACAAGUUGCGACUCGGCGUGGUCGAAUGA